AUGAAUAUGCUGGUCUGACAGGGUAUGCUCAUCUGACAGAACAUUGGUUAAAUGUAGUGGAAACACAAGUUUAAAUAAGCACAUGAAAUAAGCAUGAGCAAGAAAACAUCAAGCUACACAAAUGGAGAGAGGAGACCAAACAGAUCCUCGACCCUCAGAUAGACGUCUCUGACAGAGGCGUUUCAGAUCUCCAGAGAAUAUCCAGGUAGAUAAGAGUCAUCACCUUCAUAUUAACUUUCAAAGUAGACAUUAUCAAGCGAUAUAACAACUAUAUCAAGCGAUACAAGGCUUCGUUUAUAUAAGACUCCAGCUCACUGCUGAUCCAGACAUUUGAAUUGAGAAAGCUUCCUGGAGAGGUGGCGAAACGUCUUCAAAUCUUGGAAACCAAGUCCAGUGGAUAUUUUUUGAAUUUUUACAGAAUAGACACUAUAUGUCAUGUGUUACUGGAUACCAUUCAGAAAGUGUAGUUGAGACCUUGAAAGAACCCAGCACAUUUAUCCGAUUGAAACGUAUUAUCUAAAUGGGCAAACAUUUGCUAAUCCUUUAUUUAUCCCACAAUGUGGAAAUUUAUAGAAUUAAAGCAACAUGCAAGUUCACACAAUACAAACAAAAUUGCAUAAGGAUUGAAAGAUAAAAUAUAAGAAGUGGAUUUGGAAAAAAAAACACUAUGAACAUAACAUUUUCAUUGAAUACUAAUAUUCGAUUGUAAUAAUAAAAUAAAAACCACACAAAAAGAGAAAGGUUCCAUAAUACACCAAGCUUAAAUAUAAAUUGCCGUAUCGUAUCGAUAUCGGCAAUACCGACCCUGUAUUUACUAGGUAUCGUGAUCACUCUGCUCUAAGGAUCGGAUCGGUCUGUGAAUGAAUCACGCGACAAAGAGUGCCACAGGCUAGACGCUGUUGGCCAACAAAACAUAUCACACAUAUCUGCUCAGAUAUUUUUUGUUUCUCUGAUGUAGAACUUAUCCUAGAGCAGUGGAUAUGACCUUGUCUUUACAAGAAACUCCAAAACUUCUCAAUCUAGUCCAAAGGGGUUACAAAACAGACUGGUUCAUUUAGCUACGAUGCAUGGAAAAUAGCCGAUAAUCCUGGAAUCUAUUAGUCUAGCGUUCCUGGUGGCUAAGAGUCACACAAUUGUCUCAAAUUAAACUAAUUUUUGGUUCAAAAGCUGCAUAACAGUGGAAAAACACACACUCUGGAAGAUACUUAAAGAGUAAACUGAUUAGUUGUAAAAUAAAAGAUUUUGAUCAAACUGGGUAUUUAAAUAAAUGUUGCUGUCAUUUUUAACAUAAGAUUUUUAAAGGUCAAUUUUAAAGGCUAAAUCCUCAAAUCAAUAAAAAGCUUGUCUGUACAACAAGCCUAAAAUGAGAAGUUUCUAUGCAAAGUAGAAAUAAACACCAAUCCUCUAAACGUCACAUUGUUUAGAUGCUGUAUUAUCCAAACAAUGCACAUUUACAGGGUUUCCACUGAAUGACGAUGCACAACCACAUACAUGGACUCAAUGACUCAGGAUUCACCAGAGAACCUAUCGAGUUCAAAGGAAAAAAUAGGCCUAUAGACGGAGCUGAGAGGAAAUUCCCCACGUGGAUAAAAGGGAAGUAUGCAUGAAUAAAUGCAGCAGUCCAGCGCUGCAGCCAGAAGGUGAUACUGGCUGAAAGAAACAAGCAUGAAGCUGCAAUCUGCCAUUGAAGUUUUUGGAUGUGUAUUUCUGCUGCUUGCAGAUGGAUUUCCAGUUUCAGACUUUGACUCUCCAAAGAUCAUCGGGCCUCUUCACAACAACAUCAAAGUGGAUCCAGGCGAGCUGCUUGUUCUGCACUGUGAUGCUUUUCCAAACUGCGAUGAAGACGAGGCUGUGAUCUACUGGCUUGUCAACGGCUCUUUCCCAGAGGAAACACCCAGUAACGACAGAAUAAUCGAAUCAAAAGAAUCUUUAAUGGAGGGCUCCAUCCUGCAGAAGAAUCUGCUGUUAAAAAACGUCACAUCGGACGAUUUUGAGUCCACCUUCAGCUGCGUUGUAACAAAUGCAGUGGGAAUGGCACAAAAGUUCAUAAAGUUAGCAAACACAGGUUGUAGCAGUAACUGAAAGGGACAAUAGGUUUUAUCCUGUAACUUACACAUUUGACACUAUGACGCAGUAUUACGGCCAUACUAAGACCUUUUUUUCAAUUAAAAAAAUAAAGUCGUAAUACUAAGAAAAUACAAUCAGAAUAUGAGACAAAAAAAGUGUUUUAAGAAGACAAAAGCCCCACUUGAAUUAUUAUUAUAUAGAGAAAACUUUACAUUCAGGUAGGCUACUUCUUAAUCUGGAAAUGUUACCACUUUUUCUUUGGUAAUAUUAAGGCUUUAUUCUCAUAAAGUUCAACAUGAAUCUUUAUUCUGGUACUUCUCUGACUUUAUUCUGUUAAUAUGAUUACCUUAUUAUGGUUAUAUAAUGUUUUAAUCUUGUAAUGUUACGACUUCAGUCUGGUAAUAUACGAGGGACGUUCAAUAAGUAAUGCCCCUGACCCUCCUCCAGUUCUUUGAUCUAGCUGAAAUUUUUGCAUGUGCAAUUAUUUAUAUCUCUGUAGAUUAAAUAGUAAAUUAGGGCUUUGAACUAAUUGUGGUUUCUGAUUUAUAGGUUUUCGAACUGAGUCAGGUCUGAAAUGGAGCCUGUUGAGUGUCGAGCAGUGAUUCAUACCCCACAGAGACUUGUGAUAAAAUGAAACUAAUUUAUGGUGAUGAUGAUUCCCCAUAAUAUGACAGUAAAAUGUUUAACAAGAUCAUAUGAUGGCAAAUCCUCUUCAAGUCCCCCCUGGUCUGCGGUCUUUCAAAUACAAAAACAAUAUCACUGCUCGACACUCAACAAGCCCCUUGUCAGACUUGACUCAGUUACAACUGUAAAUCAGAAACCACAAUUAUUCCAGAGCUUUAAUUUACUACUUAAUCUACAGAGAUAUAAAUAAUUGCACGUGCAUAAUUUUAGCUAGAUCAAACAACAGGAAGUGGUUCAGGGGCAUUACUUAUUGAAAGCCCCUUUUAUAUACUUGAAUAUGGUUAUAUGACUAUUUUAAUCUGUAUCUUAAAGUUUUUAAUCUGGUAAUGUUACAACUUUAAUCUGGCAAUAAAACUACUUUAUUCUGGUAUUACUGUAUUAGGACUAUUGUGGUAAUAUAGCUAUUUUAAUCUGGUAAUGUUAGGACUAUAAUCUUUAUGUAUAAAAAUCUGGUAGACCUAAUAUUAUGCUUUAAUUUUUUAUAUUUCAUCUUUAUUUUCGUGACUUCACAACUUUAAUCUAGUAAACCUAAUAUUAGGACUUUUUUCUUGUAUGACUUAAUCUUGGUAAUAAAGAAAACUAUCUCUAGUAUGGCGCUAAUGUUGUAAUAACAUUGGUUGUUCAGUUUAAGGAAUCCCUUCAGUUACAACAGAAAAAAAACAUAAAGACAUUUUAUCCUCUCGGUUUCUGUUUUGAGGCAUUUUAAGAUGAAACCGAAACACUGACUGGAAAUCUCCUGUGAAAAGUUCAUAGUUUCAAACACUCUGAAUUGUUUGUGUGAAAACUAAGCAAACUGUGAUUAAAUUGUUUUCAACUGUCAAUACCUGCGUUUAGACGCCCCAUUAAGGCACUUUAUAUUCACUGUGGAAACAAAAUAAAAGAAAAUC